GAAGUGUUCGUAUAUCAUGAUCUAAAGAAGCAUGAAUAUAUCCUGAACUGGUUUAAGAAGAAAAAGGGAGCUAUUCCCUACAGUAAGCGUCAUGGAUUACGAGGUUUGGUGAAGAAGGAGAAAACUCUAAUUGUUGGAUUCUUCCAGGAUGAAAAUACACUUGAGGCGUAUAUAUUCAAUACAGUUGCGAGAAGAGUUGAGGAUUACAACUUCUAUAUAAUAACAGAUAAACAAAUAAUGAGGGACCACUACCAGAGCUAUGGCUCCGUCAUGCUGAUGAAGGAUUUUGAUGACAAGGAAACCCAUUUUAGGGAAAAAUUUACUGAGGAAAACCUGGAAAACUUUGUUAGAAAAGAAAGUUUACCCCUUGUUAUACAAUAUGAGCCUGGUAGUGCAGGAAAGGUUUUGAACUCUGAGAGUAAGUUACACUUCCUUCUUGUUUCAAACCUAGAUGAUAAGGAACAUAAAGAGAGAAUUGAACAGGUGCAAACAGUUGCAAAGAACUACAAAGAUGAAAUAUUAUUUAUUCAUGUUGAUCUGGCACAAGAGAACCUUCCGAUGCUUCGUUUACUAGUUGUUACCGAGGAUGUACCCGCUAUGUACUUAUAUAAUAUUACAGAUGGAGCUAGAUAUCUUCUUACUGGUGAAGUAACAGUAGAAAACAUUGACACCUUUAUUCAAGAGUAUAAACAAGGAAAUCUUAAGAGAGGUUUAGUAACGGGAGAACUUCCAGAUCCAUCAGUUCCUGAAACCAUUAAAACUUUAGCACUGCAGAACCUGGCCCCUGCCGUUCAUCAGUCGGAGAAGAGCUUGUUUGUUUUCAUGUACGCUCCUUGGUGUGAGAAGUGCAAGAAAGAAUCUGAAACCUGGAAUUCUAUUGGGGAACAAUUCAAGGAUAGUAAACAUAUUCAGAUUGCAAAGAUGGAUAUAAUUAACAAUGAGCUGAUAUAUUUUGAUGUACUUGAUUAUCCAACAAUAGCCUGGGUUCCUGCAAACGACACAGAAUUCAGAAAAUAUUACGGGAAAAGAGAUUUAGAGACUUUAGAAACGUAUAUAAAGGAGGUGGAGAAAUAUGAGGAAAAAGCAUUAAGAAAACGGUUGAGGAAAGAGUUGAGAGAAAAGAUGAAACUAGCAGAAACCGUUGGAUCCAAAACAGAAAUUGAAAAGGAGAAAAACACUGUUAAAGAGGAAGAAAAAGAACCGGGAGUGAAAAGAGGAAUGCCGGAAGUUGAAGUUCUGGAACCGGAAGAAGAGCAGGAAGCACAAGAUCUGGAAGAAGACGAAUUGGAAGUACAAGAUGCAGAAGAUAAAGAACCGGAAGUAGUAGAUUCAGAAGAUGAAGAACCGGAAGUAAUCGAACCGGAAGAAGAGGCGGAAGUACUAGAUGCGGAAGAAGAAGAUCCGGAAGUGCUUGUAGUAGAUUUGCCGGAAAGCUCUUCACAAAUUAGAGAUGAAUUCUAAACUUUACAUCGGGGCUUAGAAAAAAUGUUUUAUUUUGUUUAAAUUUCAUUUCUUUUAUGUUUUUUUUAUGGUUGUAUGUUUUUGUAUGUUUUCGUCUUCUUUCCAAUAAAACGUUGAAUGGUGUGGGUUUAAA